CCGCCGCGCCGCGCCCGCUCCCCAAAUACACCUUUGAGGCGCCAACGAGCGGCAGCGGCGCCCUGGCCAGAACCCCUCGGCAGGGCUUGCGCAGCCGCGGGCAGUCUGCGCGCUAUGGGGCACACAGGCGAUUUCCUGGGUUCCUGUGGUGAUUUAUAGCUUCCAAUAAUCUUCCAUAGUGGUUGCCUUAUCUACUACCCUGGCAUUUGCUGCGCUUGCUAGCAAACAGAAGAGGACUAUUAAACACAAAGCCAAGUACUCUUAAGAGAGAGACUACGUACAGUAUGUUCUGUACAAAACUGAAAGACUUGAAGAUCACGGGUGAAUGUCCUUUCUCCUUAUUGACUCAAAGUCAAAUUACUGAGGAACAUGACAAGGACUGCACAGAAGACAGCUCUAGAGCAGCUUUGCCCAUAUGCAAAGAAGUCCAGGAAAAAGAUGCUCAAGGAAACCUUCCACAAAGGAAAACAAGCAGAAGUAGAGUGUACCUCCACACAUUAACUGAAAGCAUCUGCAAACUAAUCUUUCCUGAGUUUGAAAGGCUAAAUCUUGCCCUUCAAAGAACGCUGGCAAAACAUAGAAUAAAAGAUACCAGAAAAACUGGGGAUAGAGAAGAUUUUGAAAAAAUAAUCAGUGAUUAUGCUAACACAGCAGGUGUUCCUGUGGAGUCUCUACGGGAAUCUCUUGGUGAAGAACUGUUCAAAAUAUGCUAUGAAGAGGAUGAACAUAUAUUAGGAGUUAUUGGAGGAACCCUUAAGGACUUUUUGAACAGUUUCACUACUCUGCUGAAGCAAAGUGGCCACAGCCAAGAAGCAGCAAAAAAAGACAGACUUGAAGAGGCCUCCAUAUUAUGCCUGGAGAAAGAUCAGGACUUCUUAAAUGUGUAUUAUUUCUUUCCUAAGAAAAUCACCAGUCUUAUUCUGUCUGGUAUUAUUAAAGCAGCAGCUCAUAUUUUAUAUGAAACUGAGGUGGAAGUGAUGCUUAUGCCUCCUUGUUUCCAUAAUGACUGCACUGAGUUUGCAAAUCAGCCUUAUUUGCUGUACUCUAUACAAGUCAAAACUGCAAAACCUUCUUUGUCCCCAUGUAAACCACAGUCUUCACUUGUGAUUCCUGCCUCUGUGUUCUGUAAGACUUUCCCGUUUCAUUUUAUGUUUGACAAGGAUAUGUCAGUUCUUCAAAUUGGAAAUGGGAUAAGAAGACUUCUGACCAGAAGAGAAUUUCAAGCUAAGUCAAAUUUUGAAGAGUAUUUUGAAAUUCUUACCCCCAAAGUAAGCUGCACUUUUAGUGGAAUAAUGACAAUGCUGAAUAUGCAGUUUACUGUACGAGUCAGAAGAUGGGAUAAUACAGAUAUGAAAUCAUCAUCUAUGGUAAUGGAUCUUAAAGGCCAAAUGAUCUAUAUUUUUGAAUCCAGUGCCAUACUAUUCUUGGGAUCUCCCUGUGUGGAUAGACUAGAAGAUUUUACUGGACGUGGAUUGUACCUCUCAGAUAUUCCCAUUCACAAUGCACUGAGAGAUGUUGUUCUGAUAGGAGAGCAAGCUAGAGCUCAGGAUGGACUGAAGAAGAGGUUAGGAAAGCUAAAAGCAACCCUUGAGCAGGCCCAUCAAGCACUUGAAGAAGAAAAGAAGAAGACAGUAGAUCUUCUGUUUUCAAUUUUUCCUGGAGAGGUUGCUCAGCAGCUGUGGCAGGGACAAGUUGUGCAAGCCAAGAAAUUUAAUAAUGUCACAAUGCUUUUCUCUGACAUCGUUGGAUUCACUGCCAUCUGUUCCCAGUGCUCACCUAUGCAGGUUAUCACCAUGCUGAAUGAGCUUUAUACUCGCUUUGAUUACCAAUGUGGAGAGCUAGAUGUCUACAAGGUUGAGACUAUUGGAGAUGCCUACUGUGUUGCUGGAGGUUUACAUAAAGAAAGUGAAACCCAUGCUGUUCAAAUAGCAUUGAUGGCUCUGAAGAUGAUGGAACUGUCAGAUGAGGUGGUGACCCCCCAUGGAGAGCCUAUCAAGAUGCGUAUUGGCCUUCAUUCUGGAUCUGUCUUUGCUGGAGUUGUUGGGGUUAAAAUGCCUCGUUACUGCCUUUUUGGAAACAAUGUAACCCUUGCCAAUAAGUUUGAAUCUUGCAGCAUACCUAGGAAAAUAAAUGUCAGCCCAACAACUUACAGGUUGUUAAAGGAAUAUCCAGGUUUUGUGUUCACACCUCGCUCAAGAGAAGAGCUUCCACCAAAUUUUCCAAGUGAUAUCCCUGGAAUUUGCUAUUUUCUGGAUGCUUACGUUCAAGGAACAAACUCACAGACUUGGUUUCAAAAGAGAGAUUUGGGAGAUGGCAAUGCCAAUUUUUUGGGUGAGGAAACAGGCAUAGACUAACUCAUACACUCAAAAGUGUAUGGAAAAAAACCUUUAAAAUAUUUAGAUUUUUUGGUAUAAAUUUUAAAAAAUUAAACUAUCUGAAACAUAAAAGCACUUUAGAUUGAUAACAAUUGAAAGCCAGUAUUAAAAUUUCAGGAAGUAUGUCACUGACUACUUUUUAUCUUUCCUUUGCAUAAGGAACACAGUCACUAAAAUAAUGUUGCAACGUCACUGUUGAAAAUUCUACUAAUAACUGCAUUUUUCCUGUGGUAAUUUCUAAGUGCUACAUAACAACUCUCUCAGUUCUCUCUGUGCUGAGAAUUCUAGGUGUUAUUAUAUAAGCAGUGUGUCAGGCAAUGUAAUGUGCAAGUGAUGCAGCCACAUGCAGUGUUGUGAGCAGGUGCUUAUUGAUGACUAUUAAAAUAUUUUCUUAGUGAUUCCAUCAAAAAAUAUACACUACUGUCACUGCUGUCACAUACUCCUUCUAGUUCAUCAUUUGGGCCCCGUCCUAGAAGCUGCUGGACGUCUUCUAACACUGACAGCAGUCAAUGUGUUGAGGGUGCUCCGCAGCUUUUGGAUUGGGCUGCUAAUUGUAGCUAAUAUACAUAUACAUAGCAGGGUUUGCUGCUUACUGUUGAACGUUAUUUUGUGUAUAAAAUGAACAUAGAUUAAACCACUGUAUAAAUCACAUCCUAAAGUCUCUGUAAUCAUCAAACAGUAUUUUAGCUCUUGGUGUUUUUAAAAUACUUUACAAAAAUACUAUCCACUUGCUAUUAUGUAUUAGAGCAAUAAAUGUUUUCUUUUUGUUGUCAUUUAAAUUUGAAAUGUUUUGAAAGAAGUGUAAUAAAACAUGUUUUGGAGUGUUUGCUUAGAAAGGAAAUUCCAGUCAGACUGUAUAAAAUGGAACAGAAGCACACCACUUUAAAUCUGUGAUCCUUAUUCAAGGACAGCAAAAUGGGUAUGAUGCAUGACUGGAAUGCCUGUGGUGCGCUCACUUUACAGUUGUCAGGGGAAUCUGCAGAUGAACAGAAAUGCUUUAAAACAUAUGAACACAUACAUGAAGCAUUAAUAUCACUAUACAGUACAAGCUUUUUAGUUGUGGAUGGUGGAACAUGAAUGGAGAACUUUCAGGGGUCUGCCUCUAGAACUGACAGAACAAUUAGUUAUGAGCACUGAGCUUAGGAUUCUGCACAGGAAUUUUGCUGUGCUGCAUGGUUUGUUUCAAAUUGAAGACUAGAGAACUGCACUGCUUACAUACAUACAUACAUUUCCAGUUGUAUUAAGUGUUGUUACUUGUUCUAACCUUUUUAUCUCCUGGAUUUUGACAUACCAAGCAACCUGAAACAAAGUCAGAUUUUGAUCUCUGAAUAUUUACAGGGAGCCAUUACAUUACACUAAGCUGCCAUUCUAUUAAUUUUCUGAACUUGACUGUUCUUUCUAUGAUUCUGAAGCUUGAUACACUGUUUAAUCCUCCUGUUUUGCAAUAGAACAUGUACCGUUGGAGGACUGAGAAAAAUCCAUGCAAGGGACUAGCACUAAGAACAUCAUAAAAGCAUAUUUAAAUUAAGAUCUUCUGUAAGCAGCAUUUGAGCAAAACUUGAAACAUUGAACCUUUUUAUUGCCUGAGAUCUCCUUAUCCAUCCAUGAUGCUUAGAAAUAUUUUUGUAACGCAAAAUGCAACUUGGAAGUCUCUCUGUAUAUUCUACAUAUACACACAUGCAUGCACAUACAGUAGCACACACAUUUGUAACAUCAUUUAACAGCAGUGUUUCAAAGAAACAAGAACUAUGCAAAUCUUGAUGACUGAUCUUUACAAUAUUAUUUUGAUUGGAAAAAAUCUGUUCUAUUGACAUAAAUACCCAGAGGCUAAUAGCAGUUCCAUGUAGGUACUCUUGGAUUUAAAAAUGUGGGAGUAUUUCACUAUUGCUGGACCAGAUGAUGGCCAUUCUCAAAGCCAGACUUCACAUAAAUGUGUAAUUCAGUAAGUUGUUCAUCAUUGGCAGUUUCUGACAUCUUCCUAAGUGUAUCUCUGCACAAUAAAAUGUGCCCUAGGCCAAAGAUGUUAUUUCAGAUCAAAUUCUUCUUCCAACAUUAUUUAUAUUAUUCUAUUUUUUUUAAUGCACCCUAGGCUACAUUACCAGCUGGGAUAGAUUUUCUGUAAAAUUCCUUUUUAUUUCACUAUUUUUUUUUCCUGAAAAGUUCAAAACAUUCCUUCAAAAAGUUCAAAACUUCAGCCUUAGUUCAGAGAAGAAUGCUAACAAGGUGCUUAAUUGUACACAUGAAGCAAUGUGGUUGAAUCUCAGUAACGUAAAUAGGAUUUAGGCUUGUAUUUAAGACAAUGAUCCAAGAAAGUGCUUGUCCAGACUUCUGCAAAAAGACCCACAACUCUAUAUUUAGCUUUAAGCAUAACUGAAGGAUUUAUAUCUCACUGAAGCUGUUCCUCUGUUUAAGUUUUUUGCUGAAUGAAUAUGUACUUAAUAAGGGACAAUUACUUUUAACUAAUCUUUUCACUUGAAUGAAAGCCAAUGGGGAAAAAAAAAAAAAGGAGUCAGAAAACCAAUAAGGCCAUUGUUGAGAUAAACGAAAUGAAGGCCAUUUAGCUGCUGUAGUAUCAGGAGAUUUUGCAAGGAAAUAAACCAAUUGUUUUGAAGCUGA